CCUCUUCCUCCUCCUCCUUUGGCGGCUUGGCCACCACUCCUCCCUUCCCACUCCCUCACCAGCUGCGCGCAUGGCGCUCCACGCCGUCUCCCCCGCGGCGGUCUCCUCCCCGCUGCGCGCCCUCGCGCACCGCCUCGCCCAGCGCCCAGGCUGUGGUUGUCUCCCAAAGCAAUUAGUCUCCAUUUACUCCUCCGCAAACUUUGCGGGACUUCAGGCUGGGCCUCUUGUUCUUCGACACUCGGACAAGAGAGCAGUUUUGACACAUGCCACCAUCGAAGAAAUCGAAGCAGAAAAAUCUGUUAUUGAAGAGCAGGCUAAAGAAAAGAUGGAAAAGGCAAUCGAAACAGUCCAAACUAACUUCAACACUGUGAGGACAGGGCGUGCAAACCCGGCAAUGCUUGACCGGAUUGAGGUUGAGUACUAUGGAACUCCAGUGAACUUGAAGAGUAUUGCACAGAUAAGCACUCCAGAUGCAACUUCUCUCCUUAUUCAGCCAUAUGACAAGUCAAGCCUCAAGCUUAUUGAGAAAACAAUAGUUGCUGCAAAUCUUGGUGUAACACCAAGCAAUGAUGGAGAAGUGAUACGAGUGACUGUCCCACCACUGACAUCUGAUCGCAGAAAGGAAUUAGCAAAAACUGUAGCUAAGUUAGCUGAGGAUGGCAAGGUUGCUAUAAGGAACAUAAGAAGAGAUGCAAUCAAAGCUUAUGAUAAACUACAGAAGGAAAAGAAGCUUUCUGAAGAUAACGUGAAAGAUUUAUCUGCUGAUCUACAAAAAGUCACAGACGGUUACAUGAAAAAGAUAGAAUCCAUCCAGAAGCAGAAGGAAGAGGAACUGAUGAAAAUUUAGAUCUCAAGCUGACAGUAUAACUGCUUGGCUCUGCGCCGGGGAUGCACGUUUUGGUUCGGUGCUUUGCUAGAACUUUUUGGAUGCAAGUUCAGACAAUGUUGCUGUUGCUGUGCUUCUCUUUUUGUAAUGCUCGUAAAUAGGCAGGAUCUCAUCACAGUGGUGGUCGGACCACUACAUUGUCAAUAUUUUCUCACCAUCUCAAUCUCAAAUGUCUGUGAAUUGUUUGGUUCUACCCUCAAGUCCCUGUUUUGAA